CCCCGGGAAGAAAGCCGCUCGGCCGGCCGCAUUUAUCUCGUGACUAUCUCGGGAUCUUUGCAACCGCCGGAGAAAGGCGAUCUGGCGCAACAUGGCUGCGGAGGGCCCUGCGGCGAGACGAGUCCAGGUGGCAGAGCAUCCCAGAGCCUGUCUCCUGGCAGAAAUGAUUUUUCUUCAAGAUGCCUUUUCAACUUCACAGGAUGCCAGAUCCUCUGAGUAAAGGCAUCAGAUUGCUGAAGCUAAAAGACAUGUUUUACUCUAAGUUUGGGUCUAUGCCCAAGUUUUACGCUCGAGCACCAGGAAGAGUCAACAUAAUAGGAGAACAUAUAGAUUAUUGUGGUUAUUCUGUUCUUCCUAUGGCUGUAGAACAAGAUAUGUUAAUAGCUGUGGAACCAGUGCAAACACACACUCUUCAACUGGCCAAUACAAAUCCCUUGUAUCCGGACUUCAGUACUAGUGCUAAUAACAUUGACAUCGACAAAACCAAACCUCUGUGGCACAACUAUUUCCUAUGUGGAUUUAAAGGCAUUCAGGAACACUUUGGCCUUAAUAAGCUGACUGGAAUGAACUGCCUGGUAGAUGGAAAUAUCCCCCCAGGUUCUGGCCUCUCUAGCUCUAGUGCUUUGGUCUGUUGUGCUGGCUUAGUGACUCUUACAGUGCUGGGGCAGAAGCUAUCUAAGGUGGAACUUGCAGAAAUCUGUGCCAAGAGUGAGCGUUACAUUGGCACUGAAGGAGGCGGCAUGGAUCAGUCCAUCUCUUUCCUUGCAGAAGAAGGAACUGCCAAGUUAAUAGAAUUUAGUCCUUUGAGGGCAACUGAUGUGAAACUCCCUAGUGGAGCAGUAUUUGUGAUUGCCAACAGUUGUGUGGAAAUGAACAAAGCAGCAACGUCCCAUUUUAACAUCAGGGUGAUGGAAUGCCGGCUGGCUGCAAAGCUCCUUGCUAAAUACAAAGGCUUGCAAUGGGACAAAGUCUUGCGGCUGGAGGAAGUACAGGCCAGUCUAGGAAUUGGUCUGGAAGAAAUGUUGUUGGUCACAGAGGAUGCCCUUCACUCUGAACCCUACAGCCCCAAGGAGAUCUGCAGAUGUCUGGGAAUUAGCAUGGAGGAACUGCGAACCCAAAUCCUGAGUCCCAACACUCAAGAUGUGCUCACCUUUAAGCUCUAUCAGCGGGCAAAGCAUGUUUACAGUGAGGCUGCACGUGUGUACCAAUUUAAGAAGAUAUGUGAAGAAGUACCUGACAACAUGGUCCAGCUGCUGGGAGACCUCAUGAAUCAGAGCCAUACUAGCUGCCGGGACCUGUAUGAGUGCAGCUGCCCGGAGCUGGACCAGCUGGUGGACAUCUGCCGGAAGUUUGGAGCUCAAGGGUCACGUCUUACUGGAGCAGGAUGGGGAGGCUGCACAGUAUCCAUAGUGCCUGCUGAGAAGCUGCCCAGCUUCCUUGCAAACGUGCAGGAAGCAUAUUACCAGAGGAGCAGUCCCCGUGAAGCUCCAGAGAAGCAGAACUUGUUUGCUACCAAACCUGGAGGCGGGGCUUUGGUUUUCCUUGAGGCCUAAACAAUGUAGAAAAUCUCAGAGAAACUAUUUAGGGCAUUUAGGAACUGGCAGGACUUCCUAUGCCACAGUAAAUUAAUCCUUUUUCUGUUUUAUAUUAUGAGGAACCGUUGCUUUUAUCAAGAUGGAUUUCCAAAGAAACGGUUGAAAGCUCUCUAUGCUUCGUAAUGAUUAUUUUUCCAUCUUAAAAUAUGUUUUUUACAAAUAAGAGCCAAGAAUAUACUUGGAUGGAUCUUUGAAGAGUGAUUUACUAAGAUUUAUUGGUUUGAAGAUUUUAAAUAUGAGGGUCAAAGUACACUCCUAAUACAUAGAUUGGACCUGAAUUAAACACACUGUUAUAAUUAAACCGAUGAAGUAGAAUUGUGUGCAUUCCUCUUAAAUGGAAUAAAUUUAUGGUUUCUGCUAGCAUUCAUCUUCCA